GUUCACUUACAAAUUGAAUAAGGGCUACUCGUUGCUGUGUAGUUGCUGAAUUACAUACUAGUUAAUACAGCCCAGCCCGGCCCGGCCGACUGGCCUGCAGGCCUGGUCCGCAGCCGAGUCCCCUAGGAAGCGUUUGAUCCAUACGCACUUCACUGCUAUCUGAUUCUCUGCUUCUCGGCCUAGCGGACGCUGCUGGAAUAUUCGGAGAGUUCCCUGGAACGUGCUUCCUGGCGAAUAGCAAUCCUCCUUAUCUUCGCAGCGUACCGUCACAAUAAGUCAGGGAACGUAAACCCAUCCGCCCGUAACAUCUCGUCGCGCGCACGGACGACGUACCAGCCAUAACAGUUAGGAACCCUCUUGCGUCCCAGAUACUGCGAUUAUCAGAUACUCCCUAGAUAAUCGGACCAAGGGCAGUCCUACUACCUACUGCCUGCUGCUGUUUGUACACGUCAACAUUCGCAACGUCAAAUCCGCACUAGGCUGACAGCUUGGCCGCCGCAGCUCGGCAGCAGCACCUCAGCAGCAGGGCAGAGCCACAUGGUUUCCUUCACGGUGGUUUCGGAUCUUCAUUUGGAGGGGCGGCCUCUGGAUGUGGAUCAGGUUCUGGAUCCGGAGUUGCGAGCGGACGUCCUCUGCCUGCUAGGUGACAUCGGCGACCCCGCCUCACCCGCCUACCGCUCCUUCCUAGCCGCCUGCGCCGAGCGCUUCCCCACCGUGCUGCUGCUGGCCGGUAACAACGAAUACCGCAACCACCCCAACCACCAGCACCAGCACCACUCCGCUGCUAGCAGGGACCGACGAAGCAGCGGCAGCAGCAGCGGCCAGCAGCCUGAGCAAGGGCAGGGGCAGGAGCAGCAGCCGAGCCUCCAGCGCCACAGUCGUGGCCACCACCAGCACCAUAAGCAUCAUGUAGGCGACAGCAGCGGAGGUCGCUGCAUGGCUCAAACCGAGGAGCUUAUCCGGGCCGCCGCUGCGGCACACCCCAACGUGCACUUCCUGCAAAACACAACGCAUGUCGAACGACACGUGGCCUUCAUCGGCACGACACUGUGGUCGUACUUGCCAGAUGACCCGCUACCUCUGUCGCUGCCUGACGGCGGAGGUGACGGCGGCGCUGCCGCCGCCAGGGCUGCUGAUGCAGCGGAGGAGGAUGUGGCAGCGGCGGCGGCUGCUUCCGUGGCGGCGGCAGCGGCGGAGGCGGAGGCGACGGAGGUGGCGUUGGCAUCCAUAUACGCGGAUCGGUUGGCGGCGGAGGCAGCGGAGGCCCCUGCUGCGGCGACGGAGGCACAGCGGAGGCGGAUGAUGAGGGGAAUGCACUCACAGCUGACGUCACUGCAGCCACCGCAUGGUGGUGGUGGGGGUAGCGGAGGCGGCCGCGUUCCUUCACCGCCGUCGCGGUUUCGAUCGUCCGUCCGUCCCUCUCCGGGGCUUUCUCCACUGGCUGGGACAAGUGCCGUCGCCGCCGCUGACGGGGCGUUGUACGCUGACGGCGGCGGCGACGGCGGCUUAUCCAGCCCUCCGCUGGGUCGUCCCUCGCUGCCGUCGCCGCCGUACCGAGCCCCCCCAGCCUUCCGCUUCCAACACCGCAAUAGGAAGGCCUCCGCUGUGGAUUACGGCGCCGCCGCCUGCCGUCACCGCCGCCGACUGACAACCACGUUACGUCACAGCGUAUCGCUGUCCUCCCUGCUUCCGGACGCCCCCUGCCCGCCGCUCUUCCCGCUGCCUGAGCCGCCGUCUCGGGAAAGCUCCUCCGACGACAUCCGGAGCAGCCUAGGCUUAGGCAAGGGUGGUAGCAGUAGCAGCAGCAUAGGCGGCAGUAGCAAUAGCAGCAGCAGCCUCCAUAGCAGUCUUAGCCGAAGCAGCGUUGAGGAUGCUGGGGUUGAUGACAGAGGCGACGGUGGUGGCAGUGGCAGUAGCAGUAGUAGCAGUGAGGGCGAGGAGGAGGGCUCAGCUGGACCAGCGUCCGAGGAAGGUACCCUGGGCGAAUUGGCAACACAGCAGCAGCAGCAGCCGGAGGAGGCGGCGGAGGGCUGCACGGAGGGCAGCAGUGGUGAGGGCAACGGUGAGGGCGGUGGGAGCGGCGCAGCAGAAUCAGCAGGAGGACAAGGGGAAGCAGAAGGAGGACGGUCAGGGGAGGAGGCAGCAGCGCAAGAUGCUCCUCAGCCAUCCGCGCCGGACGCACAGCAGACGCCAGCUGAGCCGCCGCAGGUGGAAGGGAGCCACCCUCCUCCCGCCUCCCUCAGGCACCACCAUCACCAUCAUCACCCCUCGACUCCCACCACCAUCCGGGAUUACAUCGGCGCCACCUCCCUCGACUUCCGCCGCAUUCUCACCUCUCCCGGCGGGCCUCCCAUCACCCCGACCCACACCAACGCCUUCUUCUGCACUGCUCUGUCGUACAUUCAAUCCGCCGUGGCGUCCGCCGCCGCCGCCGGCCUGACGCCUGUCGUACUGUCGCACCAUGCGCCGUCCCUGUACGGCACCUCGCAUCCGAGAUUCGCCGGGCAUCCCUCCACGCAUGCGUACGGCAGUGAUCUGAUGUCGUACAUGUCGGGGAGCGGUAUUGCAGCCUGGUACUGCGGCCACACGCACUACAACUUCGACAUGGUGAUGCCGGGCGGAGUGCGCCUAGCCAGCAACCAGUACGGCUCCCAGCCCCAACCGGCGCCCGGCUUCAACCGCUCCUGGCGACACCACAUGCCGCCCCCAGAACCACCAGCAGCACCACCACCACCAUCGCCCCCCGCCGUUCCCACAGCCGCUGCCAGCAGUGCACCUGGAGCACCCAGCAGCAGCGUCUCCGACACCACCGUCGACGCAAGCGCCACCAAGAGCAGUGCAGCUGCAGCCACAGCGCCAGCAGAGGCUGCGACAGCAGCAGAAGAAGACGAAGACGCAGCCGCUACGGUGGCUCCUUGCGGGGUAAAGGCGGCGGCGGCUCCUCCGGUCGGUGCCCCCUGCACAGGCGGGGCUUCCUUGUCCCCCUCCUCCUCUGCUUCCUCUUCUCCUUCCGCUUCGCCGCCCUCCUUCACCUCCCCAUGGCUUACCAGCACCGCUACCGCGACCGCUACUGCUGCUGCUGCUGCUGGCAGUUCUGCUGCUGCCGCUGCUGCGGGCCGCUACUGCCACCUGGCCCCACCGCCUCCAGCGCACCGGCAACAGCACUCGCUGGCACCAGCCACCUGCGGCUGAUGUGCAGGUGCUGGUGGGCCGAGCUGCUGAGGAGGUCUGCCGCUGCUGCUGCUGCUACUGCUACUGCUGCGGCUGGUGGCGUGUGAUGGUGUUGGCAGUGGUGUGGGCCUUACGUCGUGGUAGAAGCAGCGGCAUUGCGGAGCGAGAGGAGGCAUGUGCCACGUGUCUCAUGCGGGCAAUGACAUGACAAGACAUCUUCCGUGCGCACAUUACGAGGAUGAAUGCUGAAUGCCUGUGACAGUGGUGACAACCAACAGCAGAAGGCAUGUGCUGAGGAGGCAUGUGCUGAGAAGGACUUGCGCGCGCUUUCGCAGCAGCAGAAUCAUGCUGGCACGCACUCUUGCGAGGGUUAAGGAGGCGGGCGACAGGAGGAGGCGGGCGGCAGCCACAGCUGCGAAGCAAGGGAGGAAGAGCUCAGCUCUGCCGCUGUUUCCGCAGCCACCACCUCGGCGUUGCCGUUGUCACCUGCUUAGCGUUGUUACGGUAUCAGUAAUAAACAAGUCGAGGGAUCUUCCACCCUGCGCUGCUUCGUGCGUUGGGCCUCAUGCAUGGAUGAUUCGGUAGAUGGUGAAUUUGUUGCGUGUUGCCCCCCCCCCCUUCGCCCUAUGCGUGGCGGCGUUUGCUGGUGGUUGAACCAUGGCAUUGCAUGCGGGUUUUAUUGCUUUCCUAGCUACCUGGCUGACUAGCUAGCUGUUACUAUCGGACUAUGCUGCUUGCUUCGCCCCGUUGCAUUGCUUGUUGGCUUGUUUUGCUGGCCGUUAGGGCAUUGCAGUGGGCAGUCCAAUGAAGUUGUGCUCUCCCUGGGAAUCGUACAUGUACGGCAUAGAAGCGUGCAUGCAGCUGUUGUGUCGUACAUUGCCGUACAUCAGAGCCGGAGCCGCCCCCUUGAAGCCCUAUAUGAGCCGCUAGGAGGCGGGGGCGUCGCAUGCAGGCGGCAGAGGAGCAGAGCAGGGUUGGAGCAAGAUGUAUUUGAAUGGCACGCCUCGACGGCUGGCGUGGAAAGGUGGGAGGCGGGACAGAGAUGCUGGGGGAGCUGUGGUUGCAUGCGCUGGCGGGAGCUGCGUCUGCAGUGAAGCCUGCAAGCCUGCGACCAGGGUGAGAGGGUCAAAGGCCAGGGUCUGGUUUGUAGAGCAGCUCAGCAUGUUUUGAGAGGAACGAGCCGACGGGAUGAUAUAGCUGCAUUGUUGUGUAGGGCUUCAUGUGGCAGCAGUACGGUAGUUAGGAGUUAAUGUUACCAUGAUAGUUACCAUGAACGCGUGCAGUUAAUGAAUUUGAAAGCUCCAAGAGGCGUUGCUACGAAGGCCUAAAGCAGAGGGAGGCCGCGUUUGGGGUCAGUCAAGUUUGGUUGGGUUCGGCAUCGUCGGUUGGUUGGUUAGUUGGUCAGUUGGGUGUAUCAGGAAAGGUUACGGUAAUAUUAGACAGGGAGCCGUGGAUUGUAUGUGAUGCGCAGGUCAAGUAACCUAGCUUAGCUUCGUGUUGUUCUCAACGAUUCCAAGUGAGCAAAUAAACGGAGAGGAGAAAUAAGGAGAAGUCGACGCAUUAAACGUUAAGUCGUAGGUCUUUCCAUUUGCCAAUGUGUCUGUUGCCUAACAUUGUAUGCGCUGUGAAGGAAAUACAUUCAGCAAGUAUCUCGAAUCGGGACUUUCUUAUGGGAGCGGCUGUGAGGUCUAGGUACCGGUAAGGCUUGAGGGACUGAGAGGUGUGCUAAGAGGACGGUGCUGGUGACCCGUGGAAAGGGGCAGGGAGGGCAUGUAGAAGAGGCAGGAAGAGGCGCACAUGCAUUUCGCAUGAGUAGGGAAAGCCGUGGGCAGGGAAAAGCUGUGGUCCUAGCCCGCAACCAGAGGUGUUUAUCGGGGCUGGAUCCAGUUUGUACUGUUGUAAAUCUGGCAUUGUAAAUUUGUAACGGUUUACGUUAA